GUGGCUUUGAGUGGCUUGACUAUCUAGCUUCGCUUAAUUUUCUGCGCACAACUUGGUAAUACCGGACGCACGAAACGAACUUCUCACCUUUCACCGACAACAACAUCCAUCUUCGUCGACUUCCACGCGCGCCCAGAUAAAUCGACGGAAACUCAGUCGCAAUGGCGAAAUCCAAGAACUCGUCGCAGCACAACCAGUCGCGCAAGGCCCACCGUAACGGUAUCAAGAAGCCCAAGACCAACAGAUACCCGUCGCUGAAGGGAACCGACCCGAAGUUCCGAAGAAACCAUCGACAUGCCCUGCACGGCACGAUGCGAGCUCUGGUAUGUGACUUGGACGGCUGCGGACACACAAAUCGGCUGCGCCGGGACUAUUUGGACGGGCGCUGACGAUGACUACAGAAAGAGCUGAAGGAAGGCAAGCGAGAGACGGCUUGAGGCGGCCGACAUGGGAUUUCCGAGACACGACACCGCGAAUGCGCAUUAGGGCAAAAUGGGGGGGAGGGAUAUUCAGGCAUGAUCACGG